AUGCCUCAGGACGGCGAAUUUGAGGAAAACAAGUCUCAGGCUAAAAAGCCCCCAGCUGAGUACUGGCAAAGCGUUAUCGACCUUGAGUCUUCUAAGGCCCUUGGCACGUGUCGGCGGGAAGUCAUUAUCGGCGUGAUUGACUCGGGAGUCGAGUAUGCACAUCCUGCACUCCAGCCGAACAUUUGGGUCAAUGCAAACGAGGUGCCUGCUAACGGAGUCGAUGAUGACAAGAACGGCUACGUUGACGACGUACAUGGAUACAACUUCCUCGACCGAAAUGGAGAUCCAAAAGACGACCAUGGGCAUGGCACUCACGUUGCAGGUAUCAUAAGUGCGGUGCCCGAAAACACAGGGGUUUCGGGUGUCUGUGGAGAAAUUAGCGUCGCAGCGCUACGCUUCAUCAAUAAACAUGGGAUAGGAACGGUAUCACUGGCGAUCGAGGCUCUGAACUAUGCUGUUCAAAUGGGGUUUCAAGUGUCUUCCAAUUCAUGGGGAGGGUCUACCUUUUCAUACCAGCUUAGACGUGCUAUAGCCCGGGCGAACAAAGCGAAUCACUUGUUCGUAACUGCGGCUGGCAACAAGGGCAUAGCUAUCGAUUUUGUACCAGAAUAUCCAGCUGCCCUCAACCUGCCCAACGUCAUUACUGUCGCGGCUACUGAUGAGCACGACCGGCUUGCAAAGUUCAGCAACUACGGCAGGAUGACUGUGCACGUCGCAGCGCCAGGGGUUAAUAUUCGGAGCACUUACCCUCCAGACACCUCUGCCCGUCUAUCGGGGACCUCCAUGGCCACCCCGAUUGUGGCGGCAGUGAGCGCUCUGCUGUUUUCCGUCAAGCGCACAACGGUCGUCAAGGUCCGGCAUGCGAUCCUUUCCUCAGUUGACAAGCUGCCCCAGCUGCGGAGCCGUGUGAAGACUGGGGGAAGAGUGAAUGCUGCAAAGGCUUUGAAGCUCUUUUUGGACGACAGCCCCAAGCAAGUUCGCCUUGCUCCAUUCCCAGAAACGAGCAAGAUUGCACAUACACGCCCCAACACCGUCAUGGUAGACAGUCAUUUCCAAGACACGCACAUACGAUGCGCCCAAAAAGAGAUUCCUGCCCAGCACGAGCAUACAACUUUGCCCAUCAGAAAGAAAACAGCAUUCGCACAGUGGACUACUGGACGCUUAUGGAACUGGAUCAUGCGCACCCCAGAAGGUCCUAUUGGCCAAUGUGGAAUGCAGACGCACUCCGGGGGGUCGGGUCGCACAGUGUGA